GUUGAUUAAAUGCUGAAGUUUGAGUACUAACUAAAAUUCUCCCUACACAAACACCUUCUAUUCGUGAAAAAUCAGCAAAGUGUAAAGCAUUCUCCAGUAAUUUUCACUUGGAGAAGUUUCAAAAUGAUAAAGAAAGUGAUAUUUUUCGGUCUUAUCUGCUUUUCAUUGGUGUUUUCGGUGACUUCUCUGGAGUGUUACGUCUGUUCUGUAGUAGUGGGUGAUGAACCUUGCCAUACAACAGUUAAAUGCGAAGUGAAUGUUCCUCAUUUAGGUCCCGAUUAUGUCUGUACAAAAGUUGUGACCACACUCUACAACGUUACUACAAUGGAAAAAUCCUGUGGACAGCCAAAUUUCUGUAACUUCAUGAAGGAGCACAACAUCGUUCAUGAUAUCUGUGAAAUCUGCAAUGAAAAUCGAUGCAACGCCUCGGAGAGUCUGCAUGCAAAUCUCACUAUCAGCUUUAUAGCUUUCCUCUCUGUGAUAUUUCUCGCUAAAUAAAUAGUGUUAACAUGCAGGAGUA